AUGCGUGCGGAUCUGUGCGCGCAUGCAUCCUGUGAGCUCGUACCUGCGCUGACCACACGGGGGAAGAUUGUUCCACCGCAGUAUGCACCUCGGACAUUGGAAAUCGGCGCUGUGAGGGCGUCGAACGAGGUGGACAUGAGGAGCCGUCUCGCUCAGUACCAGGUCGAGGUGUACGGACUACGGAGGGACCAUGUCAUCUGGGGCGCGGCAGUGACCGCGCUCGGGAACACCAUGGGGUACAGCAGAGAUCAGAUGCUCGCAGCUGCCGCGUACGUGGUGAAGACGGACGGAGGGGCUUAUCGGAGCAUUGAACCGGCGGCAUCACCCUCUACGCCGCCUCACCUACCUUGUGAGCGCACCGGUGGACCCCUCCCCGCCGAACCCUGUGGCGCGCAAUCGUGUGCGACGGGAGGUUUUGUGGCACACACGGACCUGGGCGUAAUCCAUCAGCACCCCCGGCCCCUUCCUUCCUUAUCGCGUGUGUCGCUGGCCCAUGACAGUCCUGGUGGGCCGAAGACCCCUACCAACGGGAACGGUGAAGUCGCCCCGGGUGUACGUGCGCCGACAGAGGUCCUGCUAGACACGCCUGCAGCGAAAAGGGGGGAGAAGCGACCGCGUGUCGAGGGCGGAAGCUUGGCAGCGGAAGGUACAACAGCCGCUGGUGGUGGGGGGGGAAGUGGUGGGUCCUCACAGUACACCGGGGUGCGGCGAGAAAAGAAGAGGGGGACAUGGAGCGCGAAGAUAUUGGUGAGGGAGCCUGGUCAGGCCAGGCGGACGCAUAUGCGGUUGGGGUCAUACACACAGGAGCCAGAGGCAGCUUACGCUUACGCCGCACCUGCUCAUGUGUUAAGGCCUGGCGUCGUCAUUCCGCGCACGAUCCAGUUGACACCAACGGAACAGAGCCUUCUGGCAGGAUGCUCCAAAAAGGUCAUCAAGCUCCUUGUCAAGAGUCGGAUGUGGUUCCGCUGGAGAGAGUGGGAGCAGGCUGUGCUGGACUGCCAUGGAAACAUGGAUAAUCCUGAGGCCGAGACCCCAACCGGGUCUGCAGCAGGAGGGGGUGGGGACGAGGUGGAGGAGGAGGGGGGGCAGGACGCUGAUGUCGGCAUGGACGAUGUGCAGGCGGAUACUGAACCUGUCAAUCAUACUGCUGCUGUUGGAGUAUAUGGUAAUGGGAGGGAUGCACAUAAUGGAGUUCCAGGGGAUGAUGGAGUACCAGGGGAGGACGAUUUGACGGCGGGAGGCGUUCACGUGAGUUCGAACAUGGAGACCUCGGACGUGUCGAUCGAGCCCCAGCCUGCUUCCAGGUCACAGCGGGUGUCCAAACCUCCGUCGUACCUGCGUAACGCAUACAAGCUGACUCAGAAGCGACAGCACGGGAGAAAAGCGGAGCGGGCGGUUGCAGUGCCAGCCAAGCACGCAAGGGUUUCCCAGGCGAAGGGGGUUCCUCUUAAUGUGGAGAUAAGCAUCGGUGCGGGCGAUGAGGACAUCGAGAGUGAGAGCGAGGCAUGCCCGGCGCCGUCCCGGUCAAAGAACUUGGCCUCUGUGAUGGCAGAGUCUCAGGUGACUGCCACCACCAGGCCCCGACCUCCGCUUGUGCGCGUGGCGGACAACCCUUUCGUGGCCAUGCCUGUAGCUGGGUCGUCUCGUGACCCGUCAGUGCCCGCGGAGGAGACACAAAUUCUGGUUAGUCGAGCGGAGUUCGAGGCCUUGAAGAAGGCGCAAGAAGCGAGCGCGCGCAACGUGGCCCGUCUUGAAGAUGAGCUGCAGUCUGCUAAGGCUGUGCAGGCGCGUGCACCCCCUCGCAGGCCGGACGAGCAUGUCUCGGGGAGCGGUGGAGCUUCUGGUCGGAAGCGGAGGCGUUGGGAAGAACUCGUCGAUGAGGAGACAUCCGACGAGGAGAGCGAGGAUGAGGCACCUGCGAAGAGGGGGCAUCUUAGGGUGUCCAAGUCACCGGUCCUUCAGCGGGCGCUCAAUUUUCUGCCUGCAAACAAGGCGUGGAAGCGCUCGUGCGACCUGGUGAAAGAUUACCUCUUCUUCGAGAAGGAGAACGACCGGAUUACGUUCUAUCCGAGCAGCGACGACAAGACGGUGGGAGUGUGUGCAGUGAUCGAGCGCCUGCCUUUCGACUUCGCUACACUGGCUCUGGCCGCGCACAAGGCAAGAUAG